AUGCGAUCUAUGAGACAACUCGUGUGGUUUCUUGUUCUGAUAGUUCUUUCUGUUGAUGCGUACUCGAGAUAUGCCAAGUCGUUGAAGGUUACUAAACCGAACUCGGACGGAGUCUACGCUUUUGAUCUGAUUGUCGAAAAAAGGCUCACCAUGACUUCGCAGGACACGAGCCCAUGGCGUCAUGGUACCCCCUUAGGACUACUCCCCGGAGACGACCAACUUAAAGACUGCUUUGCGAAUUAUACGCUGAACAUUCGUUCUAACCCAGACGAUAAGAAAUAUCUUAAAGAUGUGAUGGUGCUGGACGGGAAGCACAGACGGGUGCUGACGAUUAACGGCAAGACACCUGGUGAACCGAUCGUUGUACCGUACCAGUCUGAGGUUCUACUACGGGUUCAAAAUAAAGCCCUAAUGGACGCCAUCUCAAUCCACGUGCACGGUAUCGACAAACAUGUUUCGAGUACCGCUUCUUUGCCGACAAUAAAGGCACACAUUGGUAUCAUGGACACUUCCAGACAGAUCGUGGCGAUGGUUUGGAUUCGUCGUGGUGACGAGGAUGAUAGGUCGGUACCAACGGAUGCUAACGGCAAGAGGGAAGUCCCCAGUCGGGAGUACUUCGUUAUGCUGCAGGACUGGGCGACAGAGCCAGGUGACGAAGCAUUCAUGAAACUCAAAGAGAAGACCAUGAAGUGGAUGUAUGGAUUCGACAAUUUCGAAAAAUGCUGGCAACCAACGAGGACUGUGGAUGGGGGAAAUGUCGGUGGAGCAGUUCCGAUCUCAGCGUUACUCAUAAACGAUAAGGGCUGGCAUAAUAGGCAAGAUAUUAUGGAGAGGCCGUGGGAUUUGCCACUGGAGAGGUUCCGAAUAAAACAAGAAGAGCUCGUGUUGUUCCGGAUCACUAACGGAGGAAUAGCGCAGGAAUUGAUGCUACAUAUUGAGGGACAUCCAGAUGGUGAUCGUUGCUGGCGAUGGCAAUGA